CGCGAUAGGCUACUAACAGGUUAAGAACAGAAACGGGGAGGAUCGUGGAAAUAAGGCAAAACCGAGGAGCGGUGCAUUGGAGCGGACUGCCAAUUAUUAAAAACGGAUGGUAGUGAUAUAUUUAUCUUUAUAAGGAUAUGACUGCCGUUAAUAAGCGGGAGAAGGAGCUGAGGAAGAGACUAAAUCACUUUCUAUCUGACCUGGCAAUACUGGGCUCCCUGCAGGGCUUCCGUUAUUUCCAGCCAUGGCUCAGAGGAAGAGAGGAACUUUUAUUGACUGUGGUAAAUGAAGACCAGGGAUGGUUUUCUCCUGGUUUCCCAGUAUCUGCUGCUUCCUCCCUCACCAGCCCAAGCUCUGACAGCAGCAGCAGUGAUGCUGGGACUCCCCCCCCUGGAGACCCACCCCCACAGGCACCUCACCAGCAGAGCAGCAGGAAUGAUGAGGCCCAUCUUCUCCCAGCCUCGCCCAGUGAGAGGGAGAUUGCCGUGCCUGAAAUGAACUGCACCCUUUUCCUGCUGGCCGGCUACGCUAAAUAUGGCCGACCUUAUGCGUGGAUACGGUCCAAUCACGAACGACUGGUCAACAUCGGGGGCACUGAUUCGCUGGUCAGAGACACACCGAUGAAGCUCAAAUCCAUCACAGACUGGUGCUCACAAGGUACAAGGGGGUGGGACAUUGUGAGUGAGUUAGUUGGCCUAUGCACCGUACCCCCUCCUGUCAACCCCUUCUCUUUGGACAUGUGCUACCUCCAAACCCUUUCCCUCCAGGAAAGAUUCCUAGUUUCUGGUGCCAUCAUUAACUUCCUGGAGAUGCUCCUCAUCCACAGCUCUAGGGACCAGCCAUACUACGACAAAGUCAUGGAGGAGGUGGACGUCCUGAGGAGAUUGCACGUUAGGAGUCUGUGGGAGGUGCAACAGCAUCGAGGGACCGCGUCAGCCUCCAGCCAAUAGCCUGUGAGGGGCGGGGUCACCGUCCACCAGCACGUAUCAGCAUCCUGAGUAUAGUGUGUCUGUAGCAGAGUACAGAGAACAGCAUCCAGCUGCCAUGACAGCAUUCAGUCACAAUAAAACAUUUAUGUGGGCAAAGAAAAAUUCAUGUGCCUGACAACCAUUUCUGGCUUCCCAUUCAAGACCAAAAAUUAAAGCCGAUUUGUUUUAA